AUGAUCUUCACAAGCUUUACAGGCAAAGCUUUGGAUUCUGAGAUGAUCCUGUCACAGGUUGAUCGUGUCUAUAUGGCCCUGAUCAUUGCAAUCAUAUUUCAGUAUCGCGAUGAUUGGAAAUACGUGGCAAUGAUUAUCGACCGGCUACUGCUCUACGUCUUUUUCGGUAUUACAGUUGGUGGUACUUGUGGAAUAUUGUUUAGCGCUCCUUCGGUAUUUCAAGGCAAGUUAGAGACAUUUUCACAAUUCUGCUUUUCUGCUACAGUACAUAUAAAUUUUUCAGUUGUCGAUCAGCGAGAAGUUCUGGACAAAUUAAUCAAUCUCUACAAAACUGGCGGUAGUCAUGACUAA